AUGGAAGCUGCGGGGCAGCCAGCAGGGCAGAACCCACGCCUGCUACUAGUUCUUCUUCUCCCUUGCCUGGGUCUACACGGUGGACUCCUCUUCCGAAAUCAGCCUGGGUUCCUCUGGUCCUCCCUGGCCGAUGAGAUGUGGAACCUCACGCCCCGGAACCGCUCCGUUUGGUAUGGCGAUACAAGACCACCAGUGCAGCCCCUCCGUGUUGCAAGCGUGAUCGCUGGCCAGCUGCGUGGUAUGACCGACAGAACGAAUGUUGCGCGAGUCAACUGGCUGACAAAAGAAUCCGACGUAUUCAUAUGCACCGACAGGCUUUACCAGGAAGAGAUUGGAAGCCUGACGGGGGUCGUUGGGACUCGAUUCAUAGAAGAAGAUCCCAGCUGGAAGGAAAAGGUCAAUUUGACGAAGGAACUCCAGUGGUGGCGGUUACAGCAAUGCUGGGACAUGAUCCAGGACUUUGAAGCUGAGCACGGCUUCAGCUAUGCUUUCUACAUGAAAAUCCGAACGGAUUGUUAUAAAAGGGGCGGCUGCGAACCUUCUCGGAAGACCUACGAUAAGAUACGGGAAGACUUUGGCCCACAGCUCGACGACAAGAUCUUCGCACGAAGCGACCAAACAUUCGGCGGAACGCGAGCCAGCUUCUCCCGUGCCGCUACCCUGUUCUCGCGGAUUCCAGACUACUGGCAGAAUGUGCGUGUUUUUUGGCCCGUGGAUUUCGAGUUGCUUCGUCGUUCGGACGGCUUUGUGAACAAGUAUGUCUGGAUUCCAUUUCCACGUGCUGUUGUCCGCCGAUGGAAAGUCCUGAGAUGCUGUGAGCCAGGGCUCCUUCGGAAUUCUCCUGAGCUGGCGAAGGAGUUGAAUGAGUGGGUCCGGGACAACUGCCAGCGGCCGUCUCAGUGCAAAGACAUCGAGAUUCAAAGCCGCCUGCCACUGCCGCACACCGACUUUGCUUCGGAGCAAGCAUUCCUCCUGGACUUUUUGCGAGUCGGCAUUGAGGUUCAUGGAUUCCGACGAAACGAGCAGCAUAAGCACGCCGGGCCCCUGGAUUGCGCGCCCCUUCCGGGGGCAGCCCCGGUGCCUGCGCCGAAUGCAAAGACUUCCGCUCUGGCGAUGGGAGCCCAUGGGCACGGACCCAAGAAGGAGGAGGAGCAUCAUGGGCAUGGGCGGUCUGACAUGUACGAUACGGUGUACCUGUCUCGACCUUCUCACCCGCGGGCUGCAGCAGUGGAAGACACGCCCAAGGAGAUGUGGGUGCAGCGGCCCACCGUAACUGGCUGGACCAAAGUCGGAGUCCCGAGCCAGACACAAGCAUUCCCAACAAGUCAGAAGCUCACGACUUACCACCGAACCUCUCUGGAGCCCAACCCAUCGGCCCCGCCGACGCGCGGCGAAAGGCGGCUGAGGUCAGAGACGGCUCCCUGA